AUGACUGAUGAAGGAGAUUUAGAAGAUGCAUUUCAUAUUGAUGAUUUUGGUGACGAAGUAGUAACUGAGGCUAAAAUUGAGGAAAAGAAAGCUGCAGUUGUCGAAACUCCUAAAGAAAGAAUAAAUAUGGCUCCAUCUCAGAAUGCACAAAGGGAUCUUGAUAAUAACAAAUGGGAAGAAGAUUUAAUUUCUCAGUCUGGUGUCAAUAAAUCUCUUUUUGUUCGAAAAAUCGAUGAUGAUGAAACAGAAAAUAAAAUUUGCAUUCAAGUCAAUGCUGAAAAACCAGAAUUCUUAACAAAUCAAAAUACAAGCCGAGUUUACAAGCCAUUUGUUGAUAAACGUUAUAACUUAGAAGGAGAAAUUUAUCAAUUAGCAAAAGCAGGCAGUCAAAGCGUCGCUGAAUGGCGAAAAAGGAAAGAAAAGGAACAGUUAGCUACAGAUCUUACUAAGUCAGUUAAUUUAGAAAAGAUUUCAAAAGGAAAAGAAAUAAUUGAAGCAGAAACGGCAGGAGACUCCCAAUUUAUCAAUCACCUAAAGGAUACAGGCAAAAUAAACCGCGCAAAAUUACCAAUUAUGGAUUUUCGAGAAAAAAUUUUGAAAGUUAUUUCAGAAAACAGCGUCGUUAUCAUUGUCGGUGAAACAGGUUCCGGUAAGACUACACAACUAACUCAAUUUUUCUACGAAGAUGGCUAUGGAAAAUUUGGCCAAAUUGUUUGUACUCAACCACGUAGAGUUGCUGCAUGUUCUAUAGCAAAAAGAGUUGCAGAUGAGAUGGGUGUAGAGCUUGGUGGCCUUGUUGGCUACGCAAUUCGUUUUGAAGAAGCUUUAAGUGACAAAACAAUUAUCAAAUAUAUGACAGAUGGUAUUCUAUUGAGAGAAUCGCUUAACGAAGAUGAUUUAUACAAGUAUUCCGUUAUAAUUAUGGAUGAAGCUCACGAAAGAGCCUUAAAUACAGAUGUUUUGUUCGGAGUUCUCAAAAAAAUCCUUUCCAGGCGUUCAGAUCUUAAAGUUAUAGUUACAUCAGCUACAAUGGAUGCCUCAAAAUUCUCAAAAUACUUUGGAGGAGCUCCAAUUUUUCAUAUUCAAGGAAGAACAUACGACGUAGAGCCAUUUUUCCUUCGUUCCAACCCUCAAGACUAUGUAUAUGAAGCAGUCCGCCAAGCCUGCAGCAUACAUCUUAAAGAAUCACCCGGAGAUAUUUUAAUUUUCAUGACAGGCCAAGAUGACGUUGAAUGUACCUGCCAAUUAAUCAGAGAACAUCUUGCAAAGAUCGAAAAUGCUCCAGAAAUGGCUGUAUUCCCUAUUUAUUCCCAACUUCCUGUCGAACAACAAGCAAAAGUGUUCGAAAACCUGAAAAUAAGGAAAUGUGUUGUAGCCACAAACAUUGCAGAAACAAGUCUGACCAUCGAUGGAAUAAGAUAUGUCAUAGAUUCCGGUUUUUGCAAACAAAAAAGUUAUUCUUCGAAAGCAGGACUGGAUACUUUACUUGUACAGCCUAUUUCGCAAGCCGCCGCCACCCAAAGAAUGGGUAGAGCAGGUAGAACAAGCGAAGGAAAGUGCUGGAGGCUGUUUACUGAAACUUCAUUUAAAUAUGAGAUGCUACCGAUGACGAUUCCUGAAGUUCAGAGGACAAAUUUGGCAAAUGUAAUUUUAUUGCUAAAGUCUCUCGGCUUCGAUGAUGUUUUAUCCUUUGAUUUCAUGGAUCCGCCUCCAUUAGAUAACUUUUUACACGCAAUGAACCAAUUAUGGAGUCUUAGAGCCCUGGAUAAUGAAGGUAAGCUCACGAAACUUGGUAAGGAUAUGGUCCAGUUCCCAUUGGAUCCUACACUUUCAAAAAUGCUGCUCGUAGGUAACAAAUUUGGCUGCCUCGAGGAGAUAUUAACCAUUGUUUCGAUGCUAUCAGUCAGUGAGAUCUUCUACAAGCCACACGGAAGGGAAGAAGAAGCAGAUGCAAUGAGAAUGAAAUUUUUAGUGCCAGAGAGCGACCACCUGACCAUGCUUAAUGUUUUUAACCUUUGGUUCAACGCAGGGCUUAACAGACCAACCAAAAAAGAGCAAGAACAAGAAAGAGCAAUAUUUGCAAAACGCCAUUUCCUUCAUAAUGUUACAUUAUGCAAAGCUCUUGACAUCAGGCAACAGCUAGAAGACAUUGCCCUUCAAGGAGGAAUGAAAAUGAGCCAUUGCGGUCUAGAGAAUUGGGACAUCGUUCGAAAAGUCAUUUGUUCAUCGUAUUUCCAUCACGCGGCGCAUUUAAAGAACUUGUCUACUUACUACAAUAUCCAGACAGGCGUCGAAUGCAUUGUUCAUCCUACUUCUUCACUUGCUGGUUUAUCAUACAUUCCUGAAUACAUUGUUUACCACGAAUUAGUACUUACAAAGAGGCAUUACUUGCAUGGUGUGACAGCAAUUGAUCCUUUGUGGUUGUCGCAGAUGGCUCCGGAGUUUUUCACCGCAACAGAUUUGUACGGAAACCCUUUGGAAGAAGGAAAGCCAAAGCCAGAAGAUUUGGAUGAUUUCUCUCAAAGUCAAAUGAAAAGUGAAGUGAAAAAUGAGGUACAAAAAGAAGUAAAAGAAAUACAACCCAAUCAAAUCAAGCCACAGGUUGUACCUAUUCCAUUUGAUAAGCCAUUAGAACUUCCUUCUUCAGCACGUCCAAAAAGAAGAAAAUUAUAA